AUGUCAAGCGCGAAAAGGUCUUCAGAACAGCAGAGAAAUGUGGCAUUUGUAAAGAGGCAUAAGAAAGCGCUCAAAAAUCCUUUAGAUGAAACCACCGGUACAUCGAAAUGCAUCGUCCGUGUGCCCGUAUCGAUGUAUGUUUCGCUGGCGCCUACAUAUAUGGGAGAGCCCAACAAAGGCAUUAAGAAACAGCAUUUGAACCCAAUGAUAAUGAAGUACAGCAGUGAUGUGGGUGGUGUUGUGCUGGGGUACCAGAAUCUUGAAAUUAAAGAUGCGAGUCCAGAUGAUGAGUUGUCCGAACAUAAACUAAUCAAAGUGAGUGCUGACACACCUUUUGGAUUUGCAUGGUGCAGCGUAGAUCUGUACGUAUGGCAACCUCAAGUGGGCAAUGUAAUUGAGGGUUGGGUUUUCAUACAAUCUCCAUCCCAUAUCGGUCUUCUGAUCCACGAUGCCUUCAAUGCAAGCAUAAAAAAGACUACAAUUCCACCGGAAUGGACUUUUAUACACAAUGAGGACAUCAAUGGAUCCGAAGAAGGUGGAAAUGACGGUGAUGCGGAACAACCAAGAUCGCUUGGCCACUGGGUGGAUGAAAACGGGCAACAGCUGGAUGGCAAGCUAAAAUUCACGGUGAGAAACGUUUACACGACAGGGAAAGUGAUAUCGCUCGAAGGCUCGUUGCUUCAAGACGAAGUGCCGGGCCAACAAAACCGUUCUCAAGCUGAAAACUUGCCCGUUGUGUCCAAUAAAAAAAUCAUUUUUGAUGAUGAAGUCUCGACGGAAAACAAGGCGAGCCACAAGGAUCUUGAGCUUUCCAAGAGAGUAAAAGAAGACAAUGGAGAGGAGAUCGUGUACGAGAGCAACUCUAGCAGCAGCAGUGGCGACUCGAGCGAUAGCGAGUAA